AUGGAACCUGGCGAUGGAUUGAGUCACAAUGUUCUCGCGGCGAUUUUGCGAAAUUCGGAAGCAAAAUUGGUCAGUAGGGGGGUCGAACUGGCGCCUUGAGAUUCGAAUUUUUGCAGAAUUUUGAUGAGGAACCGUCGUUUCUGGCGCCAAAAAGAGCCAAUUCGAGUAUUUUGAUCAAUUCGGAAUCUACUAAGGUCAGUUAUUUGGGCACUACAGUAAUCCUGGGGAGAAAAGGGAGAUUUUGAUCUACAGAGACUACAGUAAUCCUAGUUUCUGGGGAGAGCUACCGUAAUCCUUGGAUCCCAGAAUUUUGAUCUACUAAAAUAUUUGAAAUUUUUCGGCCCUGGUCUACAGUACCCUCAAUUUUUUGGCCGAAACAACUAAAGUUUUGAUCUACCAAAAGUUUGGACUUUUUUUCUGGUUUUGGCUGGCCACCGUAAUCCUGCUGGUCUCAAGACGACCAAAUUUUUGAUCUACAAAAUUUCUGGAUUUACAGUAACCCUGUUCGCUCCAAGACCCUACUUUUGCCAAAAACCGGAACUAUUUUCAAUUGGCGCCCAACAAAAAUCAAAGAAACCGCAAAAACAUUUUUGUGAGCUCUCAUAAUUUUAUGACCUUUUUAUUCCAAUAAAAAAGGUCGUUUUUGGCCCCAAAAAACUACAGUAAUCUUCUCUUUUUCAAAAGGAUGUGUAGAUCAUGCAUAAAUUAGCGGUCAAUUCCUUUUAAACCUGACUAACUCGCUUUUAUUUAUUAUUAUAAUAGUCAUAAUAAUAAUAAUAAUAAUAUUAAUGUACUAUAGAUGCUUUUUGUUUACCUUGCUUUUUUUGGUACAGUACUCAAAAGGGAUCUACAGUGAUCCGGAAUUUUUUAUUGUCCAAAAUUGAAAAACGAGAUGUUUAUGAUUGUGUGAAAUUUUGUUAUGUUUGGGAAAAAUUACGGUAUCAUACACACAUAGACACAAAAAAGACCUUGAAAAUGUCCAGCUGGGGAGAUUUUUGGCGCCAAAUUUGAUAAGCUGCGGGAGUACUGUAGGUAGAUCAAGAAGAAAAUACGUGUGGUUACUGUAGAGGAAGAGUUUCCAUGUGGCAAUAAUUUUCGGGAGAUCAAAAACGUGACAGGAUUACUGUAGCUCUCGAAAAAUGCCACGUGGAUGAAUUCGGAACUUUUUCGAAUUUUGUUUUCCUGCAGUAACCUCACAAUCGCUUUGAAACCUCGUACCUAGAGAUCUACAGUAACCCACUGGUUUUGGUGCCAAAAUCUUGACAAAAUGCCACGUGGCUAUUUCUAGCAGCGAAAUUUUUGAUCUACCAAAAAAAAUCGUUUUUUUUGCCUCAUUUUCUCUGGCUGGCAACAAAUUUAUUUAUUUUUUCUGGUUUUACACGAAACCAAAUGUUUUUUUGUGACACAAAAACAUGUGUUUUAUUUCAAAAAAAUCCCAAUUUUCCGUGGAUAAAUUUCCACUCGGGACCCAGAAAAAAAUAGAUCAAAUUUCUCGUCAAAUAUCCCAAAAAAUGGAUAUUCUCCUCUUAAUCGUGUGAAGAAAGGAAGCCAAAGAAACAUAAUACUUAUGAAAAGAAGAUAUUUUGAGGGAUUACUGUAAUGAAUUGCGCGGGAAAAACUGGAAUCUUUGGGUUACUGUAGACAAUGAAAAAAGCGUGUGAAAAAUUGUUGGAAUUGUUAAUUAAUAUGUGUUGAAUUAAUUAAAAAAAGAGAGCCCAAGGGACUUUUAGUAACAUGAGUAUUAUGGAAAAUAAUAGCCUUUUUCCAAUUUUGAAGAGGCGACAUGUGUUUAGUGGAUGGAAGUAUUAUGGAUAUUAUAUUUAUUUUUCUAAACGAUAUAUUUAUUGAAUGCCUGAGGGGGGUUUGGAGGAUUACUGUAGGGGGGAACUUUGAAGGGGGGGGGGGGGGUUGAACUUUUGAAAAGGAACAUUUUUUGGAGGAAAAUAAUUUUUAGCACAAAAUUCUAGUCUAGAAAAUAGGUUGAUCCAAUUUUUUGGAAUUUUCGGCAUAAUUUUCCACAGUUUCUUUUGAAAAAAAAAUCAAAUGAUUUUCAGCACGAAAAAAAGUUCCACGUGGAAAAUGAGACCUCCAAAAUCAUCCAGAAAAAGAUCAGAGGUAAAUAAACAGAGAUAUGAUCUUCCCCCUCCCCCAAUUUUCUCCAAAAGAACUACACACAACACCUUUUUUCUCGCCAAAAUUAUGAUUGAUAUUAUUUUAAAUGACACACAUGGUAAUUAACUCAUUAAGCGGGCGAAAAAUAAAAUAAUAAUAAUAUUGUUGUGGUAGAUAAUCCUAUUAUCCACAAAGUGUGGAUUUUUCUCGUUUUUUUCUAGACCCAAACCACAUGUUGCUCUUUUUAAUCGAUUUUCUCUGAUUUUUCGGAGAGGAGAAAAUUGGACACUUUUUGGGCUUCUGGUGCGAGGAAAUCAACAAGUUACGCAAUUUGAUUUUUUUAGUGAGAGGUCAGGUUGGGGGGAAUUUGUAAACAGGGAGGAAUUGAGAAGGAGGGGUCGAAAUUGCAGAAAAUGUUUGAUCUACAAAAAAUUUGCCCUAAUUUUUCUGAUCCUAGGAAUUUUGAUCUACAAAAAUUGACAAAAACCCACGCCGCAAAAUUGCAUACAGUAGCCCUACUCUUCAAAAACAAAAAUCCUGCCUAUGAUGUGUCAAAAAAGACACCUGUAGUCGAUAAAAAUAAAUCAAGCAAUAAAAAUCCAAUAUUAUUCAAAGGUGAUGACUCUUUUUUUUGCUCAUAUAACCACAUGUCAAAAACAAAUAGGAGUACUGUAACUACAGUAAUCUCGUUUUCGUUUUUUUUUCACAUAAAUCCAUUCGAUUCGCCUCAUUAUUAUCUCGUCAAAGAAAAAAAAAGAACAAUAAUAAUUUGAUUCUUCUUCCUCAAUUAGUCAUAUAUUUUUUAAAUGUACACAUUUAAUUCGGAUUUGAAUAAGAGGAAAAGGACAACAAAAGUGACCUACAGUAGUUUUUUUUGUUAAAAAAAGCGCCGCGAAUAAAUUGGUGACAGUGAAAUAUUACUGUAGGUUUGGUGAGAGAGAGAGACGCAGAGAAAAGUUGAGAUUUUUCUAGUAGUCUAGCUUUUCUCUGCGUCUCUAACCUAUCUCAAUGAAUUCUUGAGAAUAGCUUCUGGAUAUUCUUUUGUUUUGGCAGCCGAAUAAAAAAGAAUCGAAAUAAAAUAUGCAAAUCUUCCCACGAUCCCCCCAAGUUUUUCAAGAAGUCGUCUUCUUUAUUUCAAAUACUCUAUAAAAUGAAUGAAAGAGAUUUGGAAAGUAGUAUGGGAAUUAGGAGAAAAGCAAGAGUUUUUGAGGGGAAAUUGAGAAGAGGGAUUUGAAAUUUCGAAAAAUUAAAUUUCAGGAAAAAUUCUGAAAUUGCAAAAUUUAUAACAAUUUUUUUCCAAAAAAAAGUUUUGGAAAAUCAAACUUUUGGAAAUUUUUUAUAGCCUAAAGUUUUCUAAAUUUUUGGUAGAUCAAGAACUUUUCUAAAUUUUUUGUAGAUCAAAAAUUUUCUGAUUUUUUGUAGCUCAAAUUUUUCUAAAUUUUUGGUAGCUCAAACUUUUUCAAGUUUUUAUCAAAAAUGUUUAGGGCUGAUUCACGAACGAAAAAAAUGUUAAAAAAUGUUUUUUUAACAUUGAAAGAUCAAUUCACGAAAAGUCAAAAAAUGUCGAAAAAACAUUGUAGGUCAAAAUUAGCUUUUCAAGUUUUUCAGCCAAAAAUGAUGACAAAUCGAUAUUUUUGAGGCUUCUGAUGUGAUUUCUGAUGAAAAUAAGCUUCGAAAAACCUAAUUUACCUCAUUUUAUUAUUUUUUUCGAAAUUCAUCAAAAUUUGAAAUUUUUUUAUUUUACGAAAAAUCAGCAAAAACUUCUGAAAAAUGGAUUCCGAGGUCAAUUUUCAUCAGAAAUCACUUCAGAAGCUUCAAAAAUAUCGAUUUGUCAUCAUUUUUGGCUGAAAAACUCGAAAAACUAAUUUUGACCUACAAUGUUUUUUCGACAUUUUUCGACUUUUCGUGAAUUGAUCUUUCAAUGUUAAAAAAACAUUUUUCAACAUUUUUUUCGUUCGUGAAUCAGCCCUUUUCCAAAGUUUUUAUAGCUCAAAAUUUUCUAAAUUUUUGGUAGAUCAAACUUUUUCAAGUUUCCAGUAUAUCAAAUUAUUCCAAAUUUUUGGUAGAUCACAAUUUUCUAAAUGUUUGGUAGAUCAAAAAUUCACCAAAAAAUAAAUUGCAAAAACGUUAUUGUCGUAGAUCAAACUUUUCCAAAUAAUUACAAAGUUUCAUAACUUCUAAGCCUAACUCAAGAGUUUCUUACAAGGUUACUGUAGCCUUGAAAUGGCAUGUCGGUGCUCCAAAAAGCCCACCACCACAAUAUUAUUAUUACAUAACACCAUUCUAUUUGAUUUCCUCCUCUUCCUUUUUUGCACCGAAACCCCAAAACAUAUGUGUGUCACAUCAAAUUACUCUUCUCCUGCUCUUCUCCUCUGCUCACAGAGCCGCAAAACGAUAUAGGAAACGGUAAUCGGAUUUGUGCAGCAGGAGGAAUGUUUACUGUUAUUUGAUGGGGUGGCGAAAUAGUACGGAGGGUUGUGAGAGACGCAGACAGGAUCAUCAUCAUCAUCUACUUCACACUAAAGAGAAUUGAGGAGAGAAUAAUAAUUGUUUUAUAAGCUGCUGCCUCCUCUCAUUGACAACAAUUAUAAUUGUGUUUAUACACACACACGGGAAGAGGAGGAGGAGAUGAUAGAAUUAGAAAAUAUGGAAAAUGGGGACCUUUUUUGGUUGAAAAUAGGCCCUACAUUUAGUCUAGACUUCAAUCUACGGGCUCAGAAAUAAUUCUAGAUUGGAUUUUUGAGGUCUGAAACUUGAAAAGCUAUUUUGGAGCUCAUUUUUUAAGCAUAGAAGGCGGGAAUGAAAUCUACAGUCUAGAUUUCAAGCUACGGGCUCAAAAAUAAUUAUAGAUUAGGCUUCUAAGAAAAUCUGGGCUUCUAUGAAAGAUCUAGGCUUCUUCCUGAAUAUCUAGGCUUCUGUAAAAGAUCUAGGCUUCUUUCUGAAAAUCUAAGCUUUUAUGAAAGAUCUAGGCUUAUUCCUGAAAAUCCAGGGUUCUAUAAAAGAUCUGGGCUUCUAUGAAAAAUUAGGACUUCUUUCUGAAAAUCUAGGCUUAUAUGAAAGCUCCGGCUUCACCUGGACUAGACUUAGGCUUAAGCCCCAGGAGGACAAAGCCUGAUCUCACAGGGUGUGCUCCGCAAGCCCUGUAAAUCUAGCAGCUACAGUAAUCUCUCAAGUACUGUAUCAUCACGUUAUCUACAACCACUUGAACACGAGGUGAAAAUCUUGUGCUCUUUUUCACUCUGCGCUCUCUCUUGUUCUCUCAAACACUACUAUCUUUUAAUAUUUAUUAUGAUUAUUAUUAAGUCUACCGAAUCGAAUCGAAUCAAAUCAAACAAGCGCCUCGCUCGCACAGUACACACACAGUGCUAAAGUGAUCAAUUUACACCGGCUCUUGUGAUUUUGGGGCUCAAAAUCGAAGAUUGACAAAUAUUUGAGGAGGUACCUUUGCUUUUUCUCGGAUGAUUUAUUAUAAGGUACUGUAGAGACAAGAGAUUGAUUGUUGUCAAACAUACCGACAGAUGGAUGGGAGGAUAUAUGGGGAAGGAUUAGGCAGACACGGGCAGAUUAGUGGGGAUGGCAAAAAAAAUUGACUGGAGAUUUGAAUUUAAAGGGACAUGAGGGUUUUUGAGGUGGAAAACUGGAUUUAAAGGCGCAUACAGUUGAGCUAGAGGAUCUUUUGUGCGCUUUUAAAGGAUCGUACAGUAAUCUAGACAUCACAGAUGAACACUUUUGAAAUUUCAUCAUAAGAUCAAAAAACUAGGCCUAGGAUUACUGUAGAUCAAAAUUACUGUAGGUAGCUUUAAAGGAUCAUACAGUAAUCUGGAGAAUUUUAAAGGAACAUAGAGAAGCGCUAUGAGUAAUUUAUGCACAUUUAAAGGGACAUACACGUGUGCUAUGAGUACUGUAGAUUUUAAAGGGACAAAUGGUAUUUUGAGAAAUUGUAGAUCAGAAAAUUGGCCUAGGAUUACUGUAGAUCAAAAUUAUUGUAGGUAGCUUUAAAGGAUCAUACAGUUAUCCUGGAAAAAUUGCAAUUUUCAGAUUUUUCUAGAGAAAGGUACUGUAGAUUUCAAAAAGUUUUCCAAAAAAAAGUGUAGAUCAAAAAAGGUGCGAUUUUCUAAAGGAACCCAACAAUUUACUAUUUCAACCUUCAAAAAACUUUCAAUAAUCCUAAAAGCACCUCCUCUUCUCAGCCAGCCACCAAAAAAAAUCCAUAAAUUAUGGCUACAGUAACCCGACGAGGGGCAAAAAGGGUGUCAAUUAUUUCGUCACUUUUCACUUUUCCACUCACAACAAAAAAAAUGACAUGAAAAUGGAAUGUUGAACAACAAUUAUAACAAAUUUUGGCGGGGAAUUGGGAGAUGGGUACUGUAGAGAGGAGUACUGUAGAUUUUCAGGAUAUUUGUUGGAAAUCUUGCGGGAUGAAAUGGAUGAAAGUGAUUCGGAGUGGUGAAGUUGGAGUGGUUAAGGAGAUGCUGGAAGAUAAGGUAAGUCUAGGGGGCUUUUAGGGGGUCUAAGGGGCCUUUGGGGACCUUUAGGGGCUUUUAGAAGCCUUCAGAAUCCUUUAAAAUUUCAGCCCGAUUUGGCGCAGUACACUCCACUUCACGGGCCGAAUUCUCUUCAUUUGGCGGUCGCCAAAUCGGAUCGAUCGAUAAUUUUGCUGCUUUUGGCCAAAGGAGCGGAUAUUAAUUUGAAGGAUACGGUAGGUUACUGUAGAUUUUUUUUGAUCUACACCGCCCAUUAUCUACAGUAACCCAAAAAAUUUACAGGCCGGCUACACAUGUCUCCAAAAAUCGCUGCUCUUUUUCGAAAAUGUUUCAUUGGCUCAUUUUUUGAUUUCACAAGGUAAGUACUGUAGGGUAAUAAAAUUAAAGGGACAUCGAACCAAACAAUCAUUUUUGUUGAUAUCACAAGGUGUGACUACUGUACUCGAUCUUCUCUCGUAAUGUCAACACAACAUUUUUAAUGAUGAUAUAUUAUUAAUUUGUGUUUGUGCGAGCACUUAGCGCGGAAAUCGGGUGAGGCAACCGUGAAGAGUGUUAGAAGCUUCUCAUUACACAGAUUAACGCCGCUUCUUUUUGCUCUUCACACAACUAAAGUGAUACUGUAGAGUGAUGAGAACGCGCGAAAAAUGAGCAAAAAGGUGUUUGGACACACUUGAGCGAAUGUUAAGUAUUUGUCGGCACGAAAAAUGAGAUGGGAAUUACGGUAGCUUGUGUUUGAGAUGGCGGAAAUGAGGGAUCUACAAUUUUGUUCAGGGAGAUUUAAAGGAACAUUGGGGUACUGUAGAUAGAUUAGCAUAGAAUGGUGUUCGAGUUGAAAUUGCGCUAGUAGCUCUCGGAGUACUGUAGAUUACUUUUAGGGAACAUUGGGAUACUGUAGACUCCUUUAAAGAAAGAAUUCUACAGUAACUCGAAGUUAAAGGAUCAUUGCGAUUUUUUCUCAACAAAAAAUUAAAUAUUUUUAUGCUGAAAACACAUACAGUAACCUGAACUGCAAAAAACUUAUCUCUACAGUACCUCUGAAUUUAAAGGAUCAUACUCUAUUUUUUUCAAAAAUUCAAACUUUUUCCGAAAUUUUCUGCGGGUCCACAGUACUUUAUGGUUAAAGGAUCAUUUCAACAAAACUUAAUUUCCCCUACAGUAACCUGAACUGCAAAACUGCCUAGAUUUAAAGGAUCACAUAAUUUUUUCUCUCAAAAAAGAAAAUUUAAAAAAAAACAAAAAUCUCUCACACUUUUUGGUGUAAUUUAAUAAUAAUAAUAAAUUUUCGCACCUUUUCUUUCCUCUUUCCUCUUUUCUUCUUCCUUUUCUUCUAAUUCGACCAGUUACUUUUAAUAUAAUAAAUGACUGUUUUUCGCGGCUUGGCUUUUUGCCGAAUACGCUCGGAUGCCAAUUUACAAUGAAAAAUCGGCUUCGAAUACCAAUUUUCACACCUUUAGAAAAGAGAAAAGUUAUAAAUUACUUACGCGAAAUCCGCAAAAGAAAAUACAUAUGGGUUGGGAGAAUUAAUGAGAAUUUUUGUUGGGAAAAAGUUGGGAGUUUAAAGGGACAUGAGGGGGUACUGUAGAUUACUACAGUACCCCAGAGACAAUUUUUUCUAACUGACACCAUCUGUUUUUGCACCACAAAAAUCCUAAUCCACUCAUCAAUUUUUGAUUUUUAUUUAUUUAUCCCAUAAAACACAACAUUAUAGAUUUUUGUGUUGAUCAUCUGUCUUUUUUUUUUGGUUGGGGGCCAAGAUUGCAACAUGGUAUAAAAAACAAUAAUAAUGACACCCAAUCCAUCAUUUUUAUGCGUUUUUUUUGACGCCAUUAACAGCAUGGUGUGAACAAUAAGGAAAAAGGGGACUGAUUGACUGAAAGCGCUAAAUGAUCUUAUGGGUACGGUAGAGGUUGUUAAAGGGACCUACAGUAUCCCAGGAUCGUUCAAAGGGACAUACACUCGCGCCAAAGGCGCUCGAGCCGCGUUCGCGGAAUUUUGAUCUACACUAGCGCCAAGGGCGCUCGGAGUACGGUAGAGGUUGUUAGAGGGGUCUACAGUAAUUCAGGAUCAUACGAAGGGAGACACACAAGUCUCUUGAAAAUACACGUGGCACUGUCUGAGAGAUUUUUAGAUUUUUUUCUUUUUCUAGCUAUUUUCAGGCCAUCCAAGCCCAAAAUACCGGAAAUGUGUUAGCAUAUUUUCAAACAAAAAUGCUAAUUUUAUGCUGUGCAGUUUGUUUAAACAUACGACCUCAGCAAACAUGACACCAACUCUGUUUUUAUGGAAAUUUUUGUUUGAGAAUUUGGUUUUUCUUGGGGGUCAGAAAAAUGUUUUUUUCCAGGCGCAAGUAUGGAUAUUCGAGAUCCCGACGGUUUUACAAUCAAUGAUUAUGACGAAGAUGUUUGGCCGAGAGAAGAUCGCGAUUCGGCGGAUCUAUUUUCCAAAGGUACAGUAACUCACAUCAGUUCGCCCACAAAAAUAAGGGAAAACGUCAAAAACUUGUCAAAACUCGUAGCAAAGUACACAGAAAAGUGUCAGAAAAUCUGUCAAAAAAAUGUUUGUUGGCAAAAAUUUGUUUUAUUAGUGUGUAUGAUUUGUUGAUACUGUUUGUAGGGGGACAAAAAUUGGGGAUCUAGAUAGCCUAACUCAAAAUUUUUCCAGCACAAAACUUGCUUCGCCCAAAAGCCAACUCAUUGGCUGAAACUUCACCAAUCCUCCUCCAGAAUUCUUCGCUGAAAUCUCGCCCAGCUUCAACACCUGACGCAACUAUUUCCAAAUCGUCUGCUGAAAAUUCGAAUGCUGAAAAUGCUGAAACUAUGCGUCGUGGAAAACUUCGCGGCUCAUGGAAAUCCUUCUUUUCCAGCAGCAUCUCGAAAUAG